AUGGUCGAAAGAUGUCGAAGAGUGGUUGGCAGCCGGAAGCGAGCUGCUUUCGAGGAGGAGGCUAAGAAGCUUGGUCGGUCGGCCGGCCGGCAGUUGGGCAACGGCCAGCGACGUGACUCAGGCGGGCAGCGGUGCGAUCCGACGAUCAUCUCCGACGACGUAACGACCGCAUUGCAGCAGAUAAUGAACGACGACGUCCGCACAGCCGAGGACGACCCAAUGGCCGGAUCCUCACUCACUCGCAUCAACAGAGGUGAGGUGUUUUCGGGCCUUCGAACUGGACAAGGGCUAUGCGUGCUGCACCGUUUCGGUGACGUCGGCCAAUCAAAAAUCGGUUGUUUGUGUUUGCCGUUAUGGCACCGCCUGAAAGUCGAGAAAUCCGUUGAUUUUCAGGCUGACCUUACGGAGUGCCGGCCAACCGGUCUGUCGGUCGACCGAUUACGGUGCAGAACGGUGCUGCUUUUUCAGGGCGGCCAUGCGAUGGCCAACUUUCUCAGCCGGCCAUUUCGGUACGUCGGUUCUUAUUGUCAACCGUUGCCUGUAAAGUGCUUGGAGAGCGAUAAGUCCCAAAAAGCUUCCAAGGCGACGACGCAUGAGUUGUCUCCGCGCAUGACAUGGCAGGUGGUCAUGGACAAAGCAGGGUCUCCCACUCUGGCCUCUGUUUUAAAGCUUGUGUUUGCGCUUUUUCCGUGGGACAGUGGUCAGGAGGCAUCCGACCGGGAAGGUGGCCACGCUGUCAGCAUCGAGGACACGAAACGAGGCAAACGAAACGGAGGCGAAACGAGGCGAAGCGAAGGUAGACUCGGGUGGUUUUUGUUGCAAUCGAAAGCUCUUAACGUUUGA